AUGCCGGAAGCAAAGACGGCGGUUGAUAUUCGCGAUGAGAGCCGUUUGGCUCAGCUUGGAUACAAGCAGGAACUAAAGCGUGACUGGAAGCUGAUGCACAAUUUUGGUGUGUCAUUUUCCAUCAUUAGUGUCAUCACCGGUAUCACCACGCUUUUCAGUUAUGGACUCAACACCGGAGGUCCGAGCGUCAUGGCGUUCGGUUGGAUCAUCGUUUCAUUUAUGACCUUUUUUGUCGGAUUAAGUAUGGCAGAGAUUGUAUCUGCGAUUCCGACUAGUGGGGGACCAUAUUUCUGGGCUGCGAUACUCGCUCCCCAAAAGUAUAGCGCCUUUUUCUCUUGGUUGACUGGAUGGUUCAAUUUCGUCGGACAAUUUGCAGUUACGACCGGAAUCAGUUUCGGAUGCGCAGGCCUCAUUGCGACGGCGGCGACAAUCAAAACGGACUUUGUGCCAACAGCAGGGAAUACAAUCGGCAUAUACGCAGCCAUUCUAGUCAGUCAUGCGCUUGUUAAUACUUUUGGGGUCCAUGUGCUACGAUAUCUCAAUGUCACAUCAAUCAUACUCCAUAGCUUAGGCGUGGCUAGUUUGGCGAUUGCAGUUGUCGCAAAGGCUCCCACACAUCAAACUGGGGCCGAGGUUUUCCAACACUUCUAUGAUGGAACCGGGAACCCGGGCUGGUCGGUAAGAGCAUCGCCGGCGUACGUUGCCAUCUGCGGCAUUCUCCUCAGAUUUGACGCUUCUGCUCAUCUGUCCGAAGAAACACACCGCGCUGAUUGGAACGCCCCCAUUGGCGUUCUCAUGUCUAUCGGCGUCUCCGCUAUCUUUGGAUUCUUCCUCCUACUUUGCCUUCUUUUCUCAAUUCAGGAUUUUGCUGCUACGGUAGAUCCAACUCAGAACUAUGGUCAACCUGUCUUCAAGAUAUUCGUUGACGUUUUCGGCGAGUCCGGCGCCCUCGGUCUGAUAAGCAUCAUCAUUCUCUGUGUCUGGCACUGUGGCCUCUUUAGCCUUACAAGCAACAGCCGCAUGAUGUUUGCAUUUUCUCGUGAUGGAGCCUUGCCGCGAUUCUUUGACCAUGUUGAUAAACGAUUUAGAAGCCCUAUUAGGACUGUGUGGCUGGCCGCGUUUCUAGCCUUUUGCCUUGCCUUGCCGUCGCUAGGUAGCUCGGUUGCUUUUUCGGCAGCAACCAGUAUCGCUACAAUUGGAUUGUAUCUAAGUUAUGCAAUGCCUAUUCUGAUUGCUGUUAUCUGGCCGUCCAACUUUGCAAAGGGUCCUUUUAGCCUGGGAAAGUUUUCCUGGUUUAUUGGUCUAAUUGCCUGUCUUUGGGUUCUUUUCAUCACUGUUGUGUUUUGCCUCCCUACUGCAAAUCCGGUCACUGAACAAACGCUCAACUACACCCCGGUGGCGGUAGGGAUAGUACUGGUUGCUACACUGGGAUCGUGGGUCCUUUGGGCUCAUCGCUGGUUCAAGGGACCAAUGCGUCAGGUAGACCUGUAUGCCCCAAGCGAGUCGAUUCCAACAGAAGAUCAAGUGGUAGUAGAAGAGAAGAAGGCAUAA